AGGCAGUACCACUACGCGUGCUGGCUAGUCCUCACGGGCUUCGUGCUGGACCUUGCCGACGGAGCCGUCGCGAGGCAACUCAACGCCUGCUCUGCCUUGGGGGCUAAACUGGACGACUUUGCAGACUUCACCUCCUUCGGCUUGGCCACGGGCCUCCUCCUGCAGGCCCACGGACUCCUCGACGGAUUGCUGGUGAUCGUCUACGUGCUGGCGGUGUUUACGCGGCUGUGCUUCUUCUCCAGCGGGAUGCCCUUUAUGUACCGGGGUUUGCCAUGCCCCUACGGCGCUUCCAUGGUAGCAGCCACCUACUUCUUGACCGGAGGCCACCUGGUGGCCAUGCGCCUGAUGGCCAUGGUGAUGAUCCUUUUCAUGGUGGACCAAGGCUUCUAUCCCCAUGACAAAGUGCUGGAGUCCCAGGCUUGGAAGAAGGCCAUCUUCGGAGGAGGUAGGUCCAGGGGG